CCGCCCUCGGCGUCUGUGGAACCAGCUGCUCCCGGAGGAGCCCGGGCUGCGCAGGUACUAAAGUCAAAACAUGAACAAUGAUAUAUAUUACCAAUGUUCAAAGCUGAUUUGGCUAGAACUGGAAUAUAGUUGCCUACUACAUAUUCCAAAGGAUUUAACAAAGUCAAAGUAAUGGAUAACAGAAAAGAUCCUCCAUUCUUCAAUGAAGAUAAUGUGGGACCAUUUUACUACAAACUUCUUUUCUAUACCAUGGAGCUCUUCAUUGAAACAUUGACUGGGACAUGUUUUGAACUGAGAGUUUCACCAUUGGAAGCUGUUAUUUCUGUGAAAGCAAAAAUUCAAAGACUGGAAGGUAUUCCCAUCUGUCAGCAGCACUUAAUUUGGAAUAACGUGGAACUUGAAGAUGAUUAUUGCUUGAAUGAUUACAACAUUUCAGAAGGCUGUACCUUGAAGCUGGUACUGGCUAUGCGUGGUGGACCUAUAAAUACUAGAAGAGUUCCUAUGGAAGACCCACUUAGGGAGAUGGCUGAGUACAUGGAUUCCAGUCAAGACGAGGUCUGGGAGAAGACCUCCUACAACAAACAAGUUACAUUUUUGGUAUACCGAGAAGGAGAGCAAUUGAAUUUCUUUCGUGUAGUAGAUAGGGGAGAUGGCACUUUAACACCAUUAUCUGAAUCUUUAAGGUAAAUAAAUAGGUUUUCAUUUGCAUGUCUCACUUAGAAAAGGAUAACAUC